GCCAAUCGCGGGCAACUCAGCCAGUGCUUAAAGGUGCAUGCUAGUUGCGCUUGAACAAACUUCGGCGUACGGUCGAUUCACAUGGCUAUCAGGACUCCUAUGUCCGGAAACCUUAGAGGACAUAGCAGGAGAGUUGGAAAGCCAAGAGGAAAUCAUAUUGCUGUCGAGUACUGGUUCUCACAUCGAGUCAUAAAUUCUUGGAACCGACUCCCUGAAAAGGUGUUUUCUGCAACCUCAACUGAUUCGUUCUAGAGGGGCUUGAACAACCACAAAAAUUUACUGGAAAAGGAUUAACAUAGGCUUCAAGCCUUCUAUCCUCAACCAAUAAAUCUGAAAUCUGGCUAAUGUUACGUGUGUGUGUAUUGAGAUAUUUUUGUAAAGUAACUAAAAAGGGAUUCAUUUACAAAUGACCACCUUUCAUGUCUUGCUGUAGUACAAGACUCUUCAGUUCACUUUUGGUUUCUACCUCAAGGCAAAUCUUCAUUCGUAAAUUCUUUGCCUACUAGUAGUAAUCAAGAAUUUUCUGCUUCUAAUCUGUCGACAUACAAACCUCAACCAAUAUCAUCCAAUCCGAUUCAAUCAAUCCAGUGGAAUCCUCGAUCAUUUAAGCUAGCUGUUAUUGAUAAAUCUGGUGGAUCUGUUUACCUUCAACAAUUAUUGUUUAGCAAAAAUCACGACUAUGCAAAGACAACUUCUGAUAUACUGACAUUGAGUGUACAAUCUGAAAAUUUUACAGCCACGUGUAUCGGUUUUCCUAGAAGUUCAGGCAGAUAUCUGGCUGUUGGCAUUAAUACAGGUUUGAUAAAUGUUUAUAAUUGUGGAAAUAAGCAAAUAACACUACGUUGUCAAUUACGCUGUACUAAUCUACAUCCAUUUAAUAUAUUACCUAAUGAAUUACAACCAAAGUGUAUUAGUUGGGCGUUAAAUGAUCGUAUUAUUGCUGCUGGAUAUAAUAAUGGCUCUAUUGUAUUAUUCCUAGCAGCUUCGGACAAAAUUAGUACAAAUGGUGGGUGUAAAAACUUUGUAUUACCAUUCCCUUGUCAAUAUUCAAAGGUCAGAGGUUGUGAUGUUUCCCUACCUGAAUGUUGUAUGUUAAAAACUUCUAAAUUUAAUAGUAAUCUUUUAUGCUGUGGUUAUUCUAAUGGUUCUAUAAUCUUAUGGAAUAUACAAUGGCCAGUUAUUGGUGAUACAAACAAUUAUAUUUUAAAUUAUUGGGAUGUUAAAUCUUUUGGUACAAGUAUGAAUAAAAUCAGUAUAUUAAAAGAAAGUUAUAAAUAUUGUAUAAGCAUUGCAUUUUCAUCGACUAAUGAUCAAUUAUUGUAUAGUGCAGGAUUACCAGAUUUAAAUCUACGUGUAUGGGAUAUACUGUCGACAUCAGGUCAACAGAAGCAACAACAACAACAACAAAAACCUGUCAAAUGUUUAUCACCAGUGGAUGAACAACACGGUUAUCUAAGUAUCGAUGUCGCCUCAAGAACGCAUUUUCUUGCAACUGGUUUAGUAAAUGGUGAAGUAUGGUUAUAUAAUGUGCAGAAUAUGUCUACACCAAUUCAUUGUGUCUCUAUUGGAUUAGGAAAUAAUUCUAUUCGUCUACUUUCAUUUUCAUCCGCUUUACGACCUGAUCUAAACGACGUAAACUUUAAUACUACUACUUAUAAUAAUAAUAAUACAUCAAAGGAGGCGGUGUUAUGCAAUUUAUCCACUUCAACUUCUCAAAUAACCAAUGAAAACUCGUACAGUACAUCAAUGAAUAGUACUCAUCUAACCUGUAAUAAUGGUCAAAUUCGUCAAGCUUUAGGUGAAUUAACCAAUAGAAUGGCAACAUCAACAACAACAGAAACAACGGGAAAAACAGAACAGUCUAAAUCACAAACAAGAUGGGCAGUAAUGCUGCAUGAAUUCGAUCAACCAGAAUCAGAAUCACUCACCAGUAUUAUUAGUUCAAAUCGAUCAUUGUUAGAUCAAAGUUUACUGAUAAGCAGUGAUACAUCUGAAUCAGUGACUGUUGAUAGCAUAAACCAGAAGUCAUUAGCAUCAUCAUCAUCAUUGAAAUCGCUUACAAGUCAUCCGUAUGAUUCAAUAUUAAAAGAUAAUAAAAGUUUUCCGCCGAUACCGAUAGAUACGUCUAGUCGUCAUUCUAAUACCGUUGAUACAGAGAAGCUAGAAGAUACUGCGCAUACAACUGCUCAUUCACCACAUAUACCAAUUGAAGCAUUAAGUAAGUGUAUCGAUAGUCGCUUAUCAUCUGUGAUGUCUGAAUUAAACUGGUCUCAUAGUGAAUUACUUUACAAAUUUGCUCAACUUGAAUGUAAACUUGAUCAAAUGAAUGAACUGUUAGUACAAAUGAAGCUGGAAAAUGAUAUGAUGCGAUUGGCACUCAUUACACGUAGGCCUUUUUAAAGAUAUUUUUCAUAACCGUUUUGUUCAUUUAUCCACCCCCCGUCUUUGUUUCUCUCGCUCUCUUUAUGCUGUCACCAUUUUUGUUAUUCAAAGUUAUUAUGUACACCCUUCUGAUUAUGCAUUUUAUCUUACGCAUACAGACAAACACGCAUUUUUGCAUUUUGUCUAGUCAAAGAAAAAUUUUUGGAAUAAUUGUGGAAUACAGUGUUAGCAUUUAAGGAUUCUCACAAUAUCUAUGAGUCAUUUGUUUUUUCUUUUGUUUUUUUUGCUUCCACUGUAGACCGUAGUAGGGAGAGAGCAUGUGUGUGUAGUGGGCGUGUAGUAUUUUGCAGGAUAACAAACUGUUAACAUGAAUAAUCUGACGCCCCACGUCCCCAUCUAGACGUUAGUGAAAACAAAACACGUGGUUCAGCGAAGAGUAUCUUUUCGGCGGUGAAUUCAUUCAUCACUUAGCUGUG